UGACAUUUUGCACUCUCUGGAAAUCCCAAUCCCCCCCCCUUUGUUUAUUUAUUUAUUUAUUUUAUUUAUUUAUUUUAUUUUAUUUUAGAAUUUUUACGUAAGCUUACUUCCUGGCUGACACCGUUGAGAAGAGACGAAGAAGAAGAGGAGGAGGAAGGAGGAAAAAAAUUAAAUAAAUAAGUAAAUAAAUAAAUAUAUAAUUGUGUAUAUAUAAAUAAAUAAAGCGGUGAAGGUGGAGCGUCGUGCGUCGUACGUCGUGACGCAGUGGGAUUUUUACGCGUGGUCGGCGUUUGGCCCCGCCCUUUCCGCUGUGACGGCGAUGGGUCGGAAGCGGUGUGUCGGUGCAGAUUGUUCGAAGAUGGCGGCCGGCUGCUGCGGGGUGAAGAAGCAGAAGUUGUCGGGAUCCCCCGGUUCCGGGGGUCCAGGUGGGGCGGGCGGCGGGGCAGCCGGGACCGGACACUGCGGAUCUGACUUGGGGAUCGGCUCUUCGUCGUCGACUGUCGUGUCCGGAAGCGUGAGCCGAGUGAACGGCCUCGGGGGUCCGGGGGGCAGCGGGAGUUGUAGUGGUGCUAGUAAUAAUAGCAGCAGCAGCAGCAGCAGCAGCAGCGGUGUUGGUACUAGUAGUAGUGGUGUUAGCGGCGGUGGUAGCAGCAGCAGCAACAACACAACAACCGCUCUGUCUCCAACUCCAGGAGGCUACAACACCGGCCUCUCCCCGAACCUCAGUCCGGGACCGGGCUCGGCCAGGAAGAUGGUGGUCUCGGCGGAGAUGUGCUGCUUCUGCUUCGACGUGCUUUAUUGCCAUCUGUACGGAUACCAGCCGCCCCGAACACCCAGGUUUACUAACGACCCCUUCCCACUGUUUGUCACAUGGAAAAUUGGCCGGGACAAGCGGUUGAGAGGUUGUAUAGGUACAUUUUCUGCCAUGAACCUGCACUCAGGACUCAGGGAGUACACCCUUACCAGUGCCCUUAAAGACAGCCGCUUUCCCCCGAUGACAAGGGAAGAGCUGCCGCGCCUCUUCUGCUCAGUGUCUCUGCUCACCAACUUUGAGGAUGUUGGUGAUUAUCUAGACUGGGAGGUGGGUGUUCACGGCAUUAGGAUAGAAUUUUUCAAUGAAAAAGGAUCAAAGCGCACCGCCACCUAUCUGCCAGAGGUUGCAAAGGAGCAAGGAUGGGACCACAUUCAAACCAUAGAUUCCUUACUUCGAAAGGGAGGAUACAAAGCUCCCAUCACAAACGACUUCAGGAAGACCAUCAAACUGACCAGGUACCGUAGUGAGAAGUUGACGAUGAGCUACGCGGAGUACAUCGCCCAUCGCCAGCACCACCACUACCAGAACGGCAUCGGGCACCCUCUCCCCCCCUACAACCAUUAUUCCUGACAGCGAGCCGCAUGACCAGUCACUGGACCUCUCCGCGGACCUCUUCCCCGGAGAGCCCGCCCCCUCGUGGUCUAGCUAUCUCUACUACUGUACCAUUUUAUGAUGAUAGUUUCCGUUGCCAUGCUAGCUCUCUGUUUCAGACGGUGGCAUGGCAGCGGGUGGCAAAGAAGAAUCACUAUUAUUACAUGGAGAAAAAAAAUCAAAUCAGCUCAUUUAUUUUCACCUUUUUAUCCUUUCGAUUAAUUUCGAUCUUUUUGCAGCAUAUAUAUAAAAAUAUAUAUCGUAUAACCCUUUUUUUCCUCCUAUUUUUUUAAAAAGCAAUUAAACAAGUACUGCUUUUUUUUUUAUGCUGAAUUUUUUUCUUUCCAACAAUCCGAAUCAGGUUUUUUCAGUCUGUGGAUGGAAAUAAGUCAUAUUAAAGAGAGGCUCGUCUCGCAGACGUUUGUUUAAGUAAACGAUGCUUUCGUUCCGCUAAAUGUUACAUGACUUCGACCGCGUUACCAUUAAACCAGCAGGCAAAUCACGCUACACAGGAAAAACCUAUUCGCUGGGAAACGGAAAGCAGUGAAACGUUUUUCGCCAGUUUGAGGGUGAAGCUUUCUGAUUGGUCGGUUCCGUAUUUCGUAAUUCUCACGUAAAGUUCAAAUCGCUGAUUUAUUUCAGUCUCGACGUUUAAUUGCGUUUUUUUUUUAAAGCCUGUGUUCCGAAACCUCCGUUCUUUCAGUGCUGUGAGCUUUUUAUGAAGAUUCGUCGUAACCGAAUCGUACCGUAACGUAACGCGGUGCUUUUUGUCAUAUAUCACUGAACGGCGUUUGUGUCGACGUCAGAGAAUCCGUCAAAAACAGAGGGAAAUAAUGUAAGUUCGAUUGAGCCGUGAAGAAAAAAAAACCUCUCAAAUGCUAUUAGUGAUGUGAUUAUUUAGUAUUUAUAAACGUCUCCCGGUUUAUUGUGGUGAUGCCGUAACCCGCGUAAAAGUCGUGUACCGUUUGUCCGCUUGGUUGUUUUUAUCAUUUAUGUUUUUAUCUCCAGCAAGUGGCCACCAGGGGGAGUUUGUUUGUUUGUCUCUUCUUUCUUCUCUCUGCGAUUCUAUUUCCAUCUGAUUCUGGAUAUUUGUGAGGUGUGACUUGAAUCGGUGAUUAAUGCCGUAGGGUUUGGGGUUUUUUUCUGCUUCCUGACUGAGGUUGGUGAGAAACAGACUCACAUGGCAGUCCUGCUGUUUAUCUUUUCCUUUUCCUGUGUGGUGUUCGAUGUGAUGCUGAGAAACUCGUCAGAAGAAACCGCUUAACUAAAUGAGAUAUCAGAAAAGUCCAGAUUUCGUCUUCAGUGUCUGAGAGCCGCUCGUCUCUUUGAUGGAUUUUUUUGGAUGAUGUCAUCUUUAUUUACUCACUAUGGCUUUGAUAAACUGGUCCCUUUUUUUGUCUCACCCUCCUCCUUUUGUACAAACAUCACGCUGUUCUGAUCGGCGCUCCGUCAGAACUCGGUUCCCCUUCUGUUCAUUACAUUACUUCAUGUUGUGGUACAGAAGGUGCUCAGACUUUACAGUUUUGUUUCUCACUGAGGGACCAUAAAGAGGAAGAUGAUGAUGAUGAUGAUUAUGAUGAUGAUGAUGAUGAUGUGGCUCUUCCAGUAUUUUCCCAGUAAAAAAACCCUGGGUGUCUUUGAGGAGAACAGGAUUUCGUUCCUCUCCUUUGGGAUGCUGUUUUUUUCUUUAUUUUCUUCAUCACACGGAGAGGAAAAAACUUAAAAGACUUAAACGUGGCUCAGCUGAAGGAGACGAGCGUAAAGAAAAACUAAAAGCCAUAUUCUUCUUAAGACAUCGUGAAAUGUUCAGGUUGGUGGUGGUUUUGUUUACGGGAAGUUUUCAGUUGCUGAUGCAUUUAACCGUGAACGCUUUAUGAUCGGGUCUGGGUCCUGGUCUGGGUCCUGGUCUGGGUCUGGGUUGUUCCUGAUCACGUGACGCGUGUGGAAACAAUACCUGAGAUGUUACCUCAUGCAAUGAGACAUUCACGCUGAUCCAUCAUUAACACCACCAUCAUUAACACCGCUGCCACUUCACCUUAUGAUGCUUAGCACAAGCAGUGUGUUUACGUCCAUGUCCAAGCGCCACACAAUCCGACACCAGUUGCCAUGAUGCACCAGAUCGUGUGUGGAUCUUCACGUCAAGCACAGGUGGAGCACAACCGGAACGUGCGGCGAGGCGUGGCGUCCGUAUCGCGUCCCCCGUCGCAUCGUCUCGUGUCUCGCGGUUUCUGUCAGAAAUAAAUCAUUUCUUCUGCCUUCUCUCGACGGUGGUGAUGAGAAGCUUUGUGCGGAGGUCUUUUACCAAACGAUCGGACAGUUAGCAGUUCCGCUCUCCUCCUGUUCUCGGCUGCGGCGUCACAGGACGGAGUUUUGGAGAUUUACCGACGAUUUUGUUUCUAAGAGCUGAGAGACUUUUCCCACGCACAGGACGACUCUUUCUCUCUUUGCUUUUCAUAUGCAAAAAAAAAGUGUUAAGGGCUUUUGAGUGUUCCAUCCACAGUCAUCUCCAGCUCUGUGAAAAGUAGAAACGAAAACUAAUCCCUCCUCUCCGUUGUGUUGCCUUACAGACGGAUCAGAACAGAAACGGUCGCUCCUGAUCGCUCGGGUCGCGUCUCUACGCCACGGUGAUUACUUUCAUCUCCAGCAAACAAAACUAAAAACCAUCCCUCCGUUAGAUCGCGUCUCCGUCUCGGUUCUCCGUCUUAUUUCUCCGGACACGUUUAGAACGUGAACGUCUCCGUCGCAGGCGGCGAGCGAUCGGAACGCCGUUUUUUUUUCUGAUCCUCACUCGAGUUCAGCACAAACUGGAGUUUAUAUUUUAACCCUUUUUUCUGCUGCAAAACAAAAAGUACAUCAAGUUUUUUUUUUUUUUUUCUUUUGCUGACGUGAACGAACAUAUUUAUGCACAUCUGCAAUACAUCUUUUUGGGUGUAUGUUCCUGAAGACCUGAGGAAUGAACAGAGAGAGAGAGAGAGAGAACAUAGAUGAUAUAAAAUGGUGCUACUGGACCUCAUUUUUUUCUGGGGGGGUUAAAGGUCACACUUUAACGUGACUGGUCAUGCGGACUCAUCAGUCAUAUCAGACUUAUUCUUAUCCUCGAUAUAUGCAGAUCUGUUUUACAGGUGUUGUUGUUUUUGUUUAGUUUUGUUGUUGUUUUUUUGUUUUGUUGUUGUUUUUAUUUGUCGUUCCUUCACGUGUAACAAACUGAAAUUUCCUGCAGGUUUGAAAGGACAAGGAGUCACGUGUCUAACUCCACCCUUCCCUCAUGGCCUUGGGGGGAAACACACGGUCAUACACGUCUCACUUCAUCUGUCGUACGGUAGAACGGCAUGGCCGCAAACACACGCACACACACACAUACGCAUACACACACACAUACGCACGCACGCACACAUGCACACACACACACACGUGCGCGCGCACACGCACACGUGCGCACGCACACAUACACGCACAUACACACACACGCACGCACGCACGCACACACAUAUACACACACACAUACACACACACACGCACACACAUACACACAUAUACACACACACACAUACACACACACGCACACACAUACACACACACACACACACACAGAUAC